ACAUAUUUAUAGCAAUCUUCAUGAAUGAAGGCCGGUUUGUAUAUACAUAACACGGUGCUAAAAUAUUUAUUGUCUUAUUUUGCUACAGGAAAUUAUAAUUGCAUGAUGAAAUCAAAUGUUUGAAGCCACGUGCUAGACAAAAAGAGAAAGAUUAUCGAAUUCUAAACACCACCAAGUCAGGCCUCCUAGAUUUUAUGUAUUGACAAGAUUUUUAUUAUGUUAAUAUACGCACGUGUUAUUGUUCUUUCAGUUUUAAAAUGAUUAUUAAAUUAUUGAUAAAGAAUAUGAUGUUAAAUGUGGAAGGAAAAGUUCCUUAAUGUUAUAUCAAUGAAGUACAAAAUAAACAUUAGAAAUGAAUAAGUUAAGCAUUACUAUACCACCGAACUUGGAUAUGGACGACCCAAGAUUCAGGGUUAGACCGUAUCAACAAGUUGUGGCUGCUUGUACCGGUGCUUUUAUCACAUCAAUGUUUGUUACACCAUUGGAUGUGGUAAAAAUUCGACUUCAAACUCAACAGAAAGCAAUGCUUUCUAACAAAUGUUUUCUUUAUUGUAACGGCUUAAUGGACCAUUUGUGUCCAUGCCUAAAUGGUAGAGGCCCAGAAUGGGCUAGGACAAAUGGAAAAUUUAAUGGCACAAUUGAUGCCCUUGUAAAAAUUAGUAGAAGCGAAGGUAUUCUUUCUUUAUGGAGUGGACUAAGCCCUACUCUUGUUCUAGCAGUACCUGCGACUAUAGCAUAUUUUGUUUCGUAUGAACAGUUAAGAUUAUAUUUUAAGGAUAUAUAUAAUAAAAAGAUUAAACAUAAUACAAUGGGGGGUAAGGAACAACCAUUCUGGAUUCCUAUGUUGGCUGGAGCAGUAGCACGUAUUUGGGCUGCAACUUUAGUAAGCCCAUUAGAAUUAAUUAGAACAAAGAUGCAAUCUCAAAAAUUGAACUAUUCAGAAAUUACACAAGCAUUGAAAACCGUUGUAAAAUACAGCGGUGUUUUUGGUUUAUGGAUGGGAUUGAGUAGUACUCUUCUCCGCGAUGUGCCAUUUAGUGCAAUUUAUUGGUUGAAUUACGAAACUAUAAAGGAUAAAUUUGGAGGGCCACAGCAAACUUUUACUUUUAAUCUCACAUCAGGUGCUAUAGCAGGCUCUAUAGCUGCAUUUUUAACGAUUCCGUUUGACGUAGUAAAAACACACAGACAAAUAGAAAUGGGUGAAAAGGAGAUUUAUUCAGAUAAACCUGGACGCAGUAGCAGAACAUGGAAUAUAAUAAAUAAAAUUUAUAGUCAAAAUGGAAUAAAAGGACUCUUCACAGGACUGAUACCACGUGUCAUAAAGGUAGCUCCGGCUUGUGCGAUUAUGAUUGCAACAUUCGAACAUGGAAAACGAUUUUUUGUAAUGUACAAUGCGAAUCAAAUGCUACAAUAUGGUGAAAACGAUAUACAAUUGUUACAACACAAACGUGAUAGCACAGAAUGACAUACGUAUCAUGUUUCAUGGUACAAAAAUAAAAUAAAUAAAUUUCAUUUGAAACCUUA